AUGGCUGAUAGUGGCAAAUUUGAAUUUAAAAGCUAUAAGGAUUUAAGAGAAAGUGCAGAAUCGAGUUGGCAAAAUAAUGAAAAUGAUAAACAGCAAAAAGAAAAUUUUGAAGUAAAUGAAACCGAAGAUGAAGUGGUGGGGGUGGAAGAUGAACAGUAUUCAUCUAUUGCCAAAAAACCUGAAGAUGGAACCAUAAUUGAAAAUAUUUUAGAAUUUUUUUAUUCUUAUGGAUAUGAUUGCCGAAAAUACUUCAACCUUUGUGUAGUUGAUACAAAUACUAUUGCUUUUGCUGGUGGUAAUUUAAUUCACUUUUUCAAUGUGAAAGAAAAUAAAAUUUGGUUUAAAAUAGGUUCUACAGAUACUGGUAUUGGACACAUAUCAAAAAAUCCUAUCUUUGAACAUAUUGCUGUUGCAGCAAAUGGAAUAAAUCCUGUAAUAAAAAUUUUUAACUGGCCUCUUAUGAAAACUAUUAUUGUUUUGAAAGGAGGAACAACUAAACGUUAUUUUCAUUUAUCAUAUAGUCCAGAUGGCUUAUUAUUAGUAUCACAAGGUGGUGAACCAGAUUAUUAUAUUUCUCUUUGGUAUUGGAAAGAGUCAAAAAUUAUUUUACAAUGUAAGUCAUAUGUGCAAGACAUAUAUAAUAUCACUUUUUCUAAAUAUAUACCUGGCCAAUUAACAUCCAGUGGAAAAGGACACAUUAAAUUUUGGAAAAUGUCUAAAACUUUUACUGGAUUAAAACUUAAAGGUGAAGUUGGUAAAUUUGGAAAUACUGAAAUCUCUGAUAUUAUAGCAAUUCAUCCAAUGCCAAAUGAAACUGUGAUUUCAGGUUGUGAGUGGGGUAAUAUACUCUUAUGGGAUGAAAGUUUAAUCAAACUUGAAGCCUGUAGAAAAGAUAAAGAAACAGCACAUGUUAGCUAUAUUACUGAAUUUGAGUAUAUUAAUGGAGAACUUAUAUCAGUUGGAUCUGAUGGAUGGAUACGAUUUUGGUUUUAUGAGACCAUAGAUCAUGCCAAUCUUGCUGAUGAUAAGCAAUUCCUUGAAAUUCAACCAAUUUAUGAAUUUCAAAUUGCAGAAGGAAGAGAAAAUGCCAUGCUUAUAAGUAUUCAAAAACAGAAACCAACUAAUCCUGAAGAAACACUUUGGUAUGCCCAGGAUGGAAAUGGUGGCCUAUGGUUACUUGAUCUUUGUACUAGUAAAAAACAACAUUUUCAAAAAAAAAUUCUUACAUGUCAUGCUGGUCCUAUUGUUGAUAUGGAUAUAACAGAUUGGGGGCCCUUUAUAGCCACACUUGAUAAAAGUGGUAAUUUGCAUAUUUAUAAUUAUAUAGAAAAAAAGUUAAAUUUAGUUUACAAAUUCUAUGACAUUGGCUGUCAAGUGAUUUGGCUUCCAUGUAAGAUUGAAAAAACAGGUUCAACACUUGUGUGUGCCUUUGAAAGCGGUAUUCUUAGGAUGGUUACAAUAACAAUAGAAAUAGCAGAUAUUGAAAAUAAUAUGAAAGGAGAUCAUACAAAACUAAUUCAAGUUUUAAAACCACAUUCAAUGCCAAUUACUGUAAUGUCUUUAAACACAUCUUGUAGUUUAUUAGUAACAGGCAGUGAUGAUGCUACUAUUUUUUUAUUUAAUAUACAUAUUAUCAAUAAUUAUCCUAAAAUUGUACCUAUUGGCUAUGUGAAACUUCCGUCAUCUGUUACUUGUAUAGCAUGGAAUCCCCAAGAAGAUGCAACUUUAUUAAUUGGAUGUUUAAAAGGAGAUUGUGUAGAAGUAAAAUUACCUACAGUGCCUCAGUCAUAUACAACAACUUCUUAUGAACUAGUUAAAUGUAGACCUGUAACAUUUAAAUUUGAGUCAGUAAAAUCUACUAUAGAAAGAGAGGCUAUAAAAAAGAAACAUGAAGAAGAAAGAGAAGAAAAACUUAAACAAAAAAGGAAAGAAAUGGCACAGUUAGUUGCUAAAAAUCCUCAUAUUAUAAUUGAUGAAGAAACAUUUCUUAUGGACCUUGAUGAAAAAGAGAUGAUUCUUCCAGAAAUUUAUAUUCCAGAAAAUCCAAAUAAAGUUUUAAUGGCACAAUAUAGUAUUAAUGGAAACAUAUGGUUAUUCAUGGGUGGUUUUGAUGCAGGAUAUAUUUAUGAGUAUCCACGUCCAUUAUCUGGAAAACUAAAAUAUAAUAAACCAAUUAGAAGUAGAAUAAUUGAACGUGCAAAAGAUAUAGAAAUGCAUAAUUUUCUUUUCCAUGCAAACAAAAAAUAUUUAUAUUUAGGAACACAAUAUGGAGAGCUUUAUGUCAUUAAGAUAAAAGAACAAGAGCCAUUAGAUUUUUCAGACUGUUGGAUUUUGCAAACACAUGAUUAUUAUAAUGGACAUAUAUCUAACAUUUUAUUAAGUUAUGAUAAAGAAAUGUUGCUAACAUGUGGUCAUGACGGGAAUAUAUUUUCUUUCAAAAUUAAUGAUAAUACACCACAUGAGAAAUACCAAAUACCAGAGCCAGAACAUUCUCUUUUUGUGCCUGAAAGUGUUGAGGAUAUUGAAGAUGUUGAUUAUCCAAAUUUGGAAGAAGUAAUAACUCAAAUAGAACAAAAUAGAAUUAUGUCUGUUGCAGAAGAAAAAAAAAAACAAGUUCUUGAAAUUAUACACAACUUAACAGAAGAAUAUGUAAAAAUUACAAUAAAAAAUAAACAUGUUUUGCAAUCACAACAAAUAUUACAAUUUGAGUUGGAUCCCAGAAUAGUAGAGGAUUUGGAACAACAAUUGAAAGCACACACAGUUUUAACACAGAAAAAACUAGAAUUUAAAGUGGAAAAAAGUAAAUUGGAAUUGCAAAAGCUUAUGAAACACUUUGUUACACCCAUAACAUGUUUGCCUUUUGGAGUAUAUGGUAUAUUAAAUGAAAAGAGAGUCGUGUAUUCUUUGAGGGAAUUAAAAUUAAAUAUAAAUAAUAUUUUAAAAUGUAUGAAAUUGAUGAAGCACCGGGAAGAGCAACAAAAUAUAGGCAGAAUACUAGAAGAAAAAAUUGGAAAUGGAAAACAUAGGUCAAGCGAAAAGCAAAUACAAUAUUUAGAAGAAUUUUUAUCUAAAGAUUUUAGUGAUUUAUCAUCUGGAUUGGGAUUACAAAUUAAUCAAAUGUUGUCAAAAUACAAAGAGAUGAAAAUAAGACUGAUUGAACGACAAAAAAAGUGGCAAAAAUUACAUGACAAAAAACCAAAUUUGGUUAAAAAUCGUGCAGAAGAUGUAGUUUUUCUUGAAAAGGCUAGACAAACUAUUGGCGAAUACAAUUUGAAAAUGAAUGCAGAUGUUAGUUUAACAAGGAGAAAAGAAACUGCGGCUACAAAAUAUAAAGAGCUUGUUGAUUGCAGAAACAAGCUUCAUCAUUUGCGAGAAAAUUUCAAUACAAAGUUGAAAACAAUUGCAUUAAAAAAACAAAGAAUGCAAAAAGAAGUCAUGAAACUAACAGAAAUUCUUAAAAAAAUUCAUACAGAAAUUCCACUGAAAAAUAUAAAACCAUUACCGCACACACCAAAAUUAAGUCUUGAUAUUGAAUUUCCUGAACAUAAUCUUGAGCUUGAGAGAUACAUAUCAAUGUCAGAAAAGAUGCAACAAGUAAAACGCCAAAGACAAUCAUUAAUUGUAGAUCAAUCAAUAGACCAUUCUGAUAUAGAAUACGAAGUAUUGUAUUGUGAUGAUAAAACAAAUUUUCAAGAAGAACGAGAAAGUUUGUUUACCCUUCUUUUUUCAUCAAAAAUGAAAAUAAAAGAUCAUUCAUCUUUAACUGGUGAUUUAAUUCGAAAUCUUAAUACAACUGAUUCUAUUCAAACUAUCUGGGAGCGUGAAAUGAAACGUUCUCGCAUGUGGCGAAAAAUUUAUGAACAAGAUUGUAUUUUACAAUAUAUCAAUUCUAGUUACAAACAAUUAGAAAAUGAAUUAAAUAAACUUGAAGAAUAUAGAUUACAUGUUAUAUAUCGAAGUACAUAUAUGAAUUUAAAUUUGUUAACUCUAUAUGAAGAGUUUAUCAUUUUAAAAGAAUCUGAAACAAUGGAAUAUGCACUUGAAGAAAAAGUUACUCAUAAAUCGAAUGAACGUACCACAGUAAUAUUAAAGAUGCAAGCUAUAAAUAUUAAUAUUGCUACACGAGAAGAAGAAAUUCGAAAAUUGCAAAUAAAUAUUAAAGAUAUUGCUACUGAAUUUGCAAAAGCUAUAUCAGAUAAUAAAUUUCAAAACUUUCUUCAAAAAAUAUUUAAAAGAAAAUAUACAGUAACAACAAAACAAAAUGAUUCUUUAGAUUCAAUUACUCAAUCAUCAGAAACUAGUUCUGAAGAAACAGAUGGUACAAUAGACUCUGAAACUGAGUAUGUCCCAUUUGAUGAAAAUAUAUGUCCAUUGGGAUGUGACAUACAGCUAUAUGAAAUGGCAUUCUCUAUGAGAGAGAAACGAUAUGCAUAUGAAUUUCAAAUCAGAGAAGAACAAAAGGAAAUAGAAUUGUUACAGAAAGAAUUGGAUAUUGAUACAAAAUAUUUGAGGAUUAUUGAAAAUAACUUAAAAAAUAAUCAAGAAGAAUUGCAAAACUUUAUGUUGAAUAAACAAAAAAAAUUAAAUGAAAUUAAUGUAACUGUUAUAUUGAAACUUCAUCAAUUACAACAUAUAUCAGAUUCUGGAUGUACAGCAAAUAUUCAAAAUUGUAUAGUUUUUAAUAAAAAAGAAUUAACAGAUUUGUAUGCUAGAGUAGGAGAACUGCAACAAGAAACACAUAAUUUGGAAGAAACGCGCAAAAAAAAUGAAAUACAUUUAAAACGAAUAAAACUAGAUUUAAAAUAUAUGGAAACACAAAACAAAAAACUAAAAGAAGAUAUCAAAGAAAAGAUGAUACAAAAAUUUGGUCGUAAAGUAUCUUUAAUUAAUCUUUAUGAGACUAUUUUACAAAGAUUAAUUUAUGAUACUAAAACUGAUGUGCGCAAAAUUAUGAAGAAUUUUUCUAAAAAUAUAGAAAAUACAAAAUGGAAUUACAAAGAAGGAUUAACUGUUUUAGAAAAUUUAAUUCGUAAUAAUACUAAAAAGUUAAGUUUCCUGACAAUAUUAGAAAAAGAAAAAUUUAAACUUAGAAAAGUUUUGGAACAAACUCUAAUUUCAGAGGAAAAUAUGUUACAAAUCGAACUUGAGCAUAAAGCUGAUAUAGCUGCACUGGAAAAUAUUCUUUAUAAUCAAGUACAACAGAAACAUAUGCUACAAUAUGACAUAGAAAACCUUAAAACUGGAUCACGAAAAUUACCUGCAAUUUGUUUGAAUCAAAAUACAUCAGAAAGAAACUAA